AUGAAGUCAAUCGGAAGCUUUUGCGUGUUCAGUCUUGGGUAAGGCGUUUUCACUUCCGUUUUUUUCUUUAAAUUCCUUCUAAACCUACCAAGAAAGUGAAAAAGUAUGACAGGAAAUGCGACGGAGGAUGAAUUUUGAUUUUAAUUUACCUCGGGUUUUACUGACUUUACCGAGUGAAAAUGUGGUCGUUACUACGCAUAUUUUUGUUAUUUUGCAGGCUGCAGUUGUCACUGCUUGCUAUCUCACUGGCCACCACAACAACAAAACCACGUAAGUAAAGUUCUGUUCAGUGAUCGUGGAUGACUAAUCACUGCGAUCUCUGCAUGACAAUUUGCGCAACGAAAAGUAAACGUGUGUCUAAGUUCAUAUAUACCGAACCAGUUGUUCUUAAAAUAACCCGUUAAAUAAAUUAAGAAUUUUGUGAUCGAUGCCGUAGGAUUCUAAACCGAUUUGACGGCAUUCUCCAGUAACAGAUAGUAAACUGUAUCAUCAACUUGGCUUCAGAACGCCGAGGCCAAUACACAGUUGACCCUAACAAAUAAACCACCCGGCAGGCAAGAACAUUUAAAACAACUCUUUUUGCCCUCCAAGCAUUGUUGCUACGGAGUCAAAGUGUUCUUUACGGAGAAAAUUAAGAGCCAGUGGCAUCCAUUCCCUAAAUCCCCAUCGAGCGGGAUCUUUCCAGAUUGACCAUUAUCUGCUUAAAAUUUUAAUUUUGAAACGUGAUUGUUGGCGGAUCCUAUAGUGCGGGCAGGACGGCCCCCGUUUGAAAACAGCGCUUUUCAUUUCUGUCAUAAAUAAGAGAAGUUUAACGACGUGCUCUCAUUAACUGCCUUCUUGGGGAUAUUUUUUUAACGAACGGAAAGUUCGAAUUAUUUGUUUUAUAUUUUAUUUCAACUUUUAUACCGGGAUUGGAAAUUGAAUUUUAUUCAGUUAUUAUUUUAAUUAUUUAUUUUCUUACCACCCGAUGAAUUCAUAACCCUGGACUAGGGAUCUUCAGGAUAAAAGACCCGGUGAAUUUGUGUCUGACCACGGACACAUUUUAGUUCUGUCACAAGUAGUUUGGCUUGAUUUUUACUCUUGAGUCCUGCCUGGGGUAAGAGCACGGGCUCAUUUUUGUUGUCUGACUUUUUGGUGUCAUAGCAACAAAAUCGAGACUCGAAUUGGCUGCGUAAGGACUCGGUUGUUUAUAAUGGUUAGUUCGUGCUCACACGGAUUCAGUUUAGGUUUUGUGAGUAUCUUUGCCAUCCUAAGUAAUCUGGCAUAAUCUACCCGGCGCCUACAAAUUGCUAUAUAAUUGCCACCAAGUAAACCUGAGUAAACCCUUUCGUUAUCAAUCGUUGUCGAGAAGCGAGACAGCACGCUACUGUUUAUCUACCUGUAAAACCAAAACUUUUUUGUCGGAUGUCAGAUCGUUGGCUAGCGGCUCCGGCCCUAGCGCACGGCUGCAAAGGAGACUAAACGUCAUUACGUGCACCUAUGCACAUUGUUAGUACACCUGUAAUAGUAUCUAGCCUACGUACGCGUUGCAGCCGAACUUGUCGCUCGAGACCCACAUAGAGAACCUUUUAUAUCAGGGAUUUAGACUGUCGGCGACGCAGGCUAUAGUAUAUCUAUACCACAGGUAGCCCAAGCUCGAACUGUUGUGUAACAUUCGAAAUAUAAGGAUUUGUAUGACUUGUAUGGGAAAAACCCUAUCGUUUCUGUAAACUACGAAAAUGAAAGGAUUUCAAUAAAAAACAGCUUACCUUACACAAAAUGUGUGUUACGUCUCUCCUGUGUGGUCCACGGGCCGAUUUAUGGGUUUUCAUGUAAACGGUUUUCUCUCUAUGUAAAGGUUUAUUAUGGAGAGAAAACCGUUUACAUAAAAAACCAUAAAACGGCCAUAAAUCGGCCUGUACCCGUGGACCACACAGGAGAGACGGAACAUACACUUUAAGUAAGGUAAACUGUUUUUAUUAAAAUCCUUUCAUUUUCGUAGGUUACAGAAACGACAGGUUUUUUUCCCCGUACAAAUCCUUAUAUAUGGAAUGUUACGCAACAAUGCCGAUGUUCGCCGAUGCUCAUAUUUCGAGCUUGGGCUACCAGUGUCUAUACUAGCCUGUGUACAGACCCUCUCGGUAAAAUUGGUUUUUACUUAGGGGAGGGAGUCUUUUCACAGGCUAUAUCUAUACAUGAAUUAAAGUAGUAAAAAAAGCUAUUUCUUUUUAUCACGCACCGAAAUACCAAACUUAAAGGGACUAUUCAAAGACCUAUGUCAUGCUGUCUGCUAUCUUUUUGAAAGCUAAAACUUUUUUCGCAUCAGUUGAAUUCCAAAACUAAUGGACGUAACGGUAAAAUUUUUUAUUGAAGACUAUACUACCCCUAGGCACUGGAACUGUUUCCUGUCUUCUGUUGCAACGGAUCGACAUGGAUCGAAACUUGAAAAAGAUGGGCCAAAUAUAUUCACGUUUUAUCACAGGCAGCCCAAACUCACGUUACGAGGAAAGGGUGUAAAGAAAUUUACUAUGUGUCGGUGUCGCGUUACAGGCGAUCGUUGAAAAUAAGAGACUUUUUAUGAGAAAUAAAAUGCUGAGAUCUGCGAACGCUAAAUAACGUUAAAUCUAGUUUUUCCUCCAAUGAAGUAAAUGAAAAAGACUUACCUGCGAUAUAUUCCACCAUGUUUCGGUGUCUGCUUGUCGUUUUACAGGUUUUUUGCCUUUAUUGCAUAACCACUGUUACUCCCUUCAUAAGACGAAGGGAGUAACCGACGCAUCCUGCAGAAAGGUCACGCGUCACCUAUGAUAAAAAAUUACUUUACACCCUUUCCUCGUAACGUGAGUUUGGGCUGCCUGUGGUUUUAUGCUAUGCCUGCAUAAAGCACCCCCAAAAAAAUCAUUAUGGCUCGUGCUCCUGAAAUUGUUCGAUAUCUACGUCAUAACUUUACAAGAUCAUUUUUUUUUGUAUGGUAAAGGCACUAAGAUAAGAUGAUUUCGAUACAGAUUUGACCUAAAACAACAAAUCCUAGUCACACAGCGUCUUAAACUCAACUUGAUUUUCGAUGCUCUAACUUUGCUUAGAGCACACGCACCCCACCCGAAGGCGAAAAAACCACAAAUAGGUUCAUCGCAACGUCGAAUGAAUCUGUUCCAAUAAUUAUAGAAAACUGCAGGCACCAGCAGGUAACCUUCCACUGACGGUUAAAGUUUAUGUCAGUAUAGAGCGAUUUAACUUUGACCUAAAAACACGGUUCUCGUAAACAUCCGUUUUAUCAGUCAAAAGUUUAAUAUACAGUGAAACCUUUAUUCAGGGAACCCCUUGGGGCCAAGGCAAGUGUCCCCUGAAUAGAGGUAUCCCCUGAAAUGAAUGGAGGUUGGGCUGGGGUUUGUUAACAAUUAACCAAAAGCCUCGCACAUUUGAGUCUGUGCGCUAAACCAAUCAAAUGUUUAUAUUUUUGUUCACAUGUUGUCGGCUGGGGUCACACGGCCCCAGACGAAUUACCUUAACCAUUAGACACCUAGCAGUCCAAAAAUUUGAACGCCAAUUUGAAACGGCGUGAAUGCAUGGAUGCGUGGUAACGUAUCUGGAAGAUGCAAUUUUCAGGUUACUAAAAAACGAAUAGCGCUCUGCACAUGGGUAGAUGAUAAAAAAUCUUAUAACUCAACUUGAGGUCAAUUUUAUAAAUUAAAGCUUUUACAGGUGUAAAAUAGCUAUUGUUUUAGACUCUAGACCAAUGGCUAUGCUUAAGAAUCACACUUGUAAAAGUUUUAUGAAAUUAAUCCAAGGGUUCGUCAGUUCCAGGUAACAGAAGGAAAAUAUUGAACGGUUAAAAUCCGCACAUUGCCGUGUGAACAUAACCUUAGUCUUGAAUGUGUGUUACCAUAAAAGGUCAUACGAUAAUUGUUCUAAUAAUGAAAACAAUAGGUCAUCAUAAAAGAUAUAGCAUAGCAAUAAGCUACAAUUUAAAAAAUAGGUUUGCAUGUGUGCAGUCCGUCAGGAUAUUUGCAUCAUGUUUGAGUACUUAAACAGCUCAAAUACACUGGAAGCUCUCCUAAAGGACACUCUCGUACGCGGACAGUUCUACUACGGCCGCCUUCACAAAACCCCGUUUUUCUCAACUCUCAUACAAACUCUGUAUUUUUAGAUUCCCGUAAGCGGACAGCUCCAGUUACGGACACCUUUUAAGAGUCGGCUCACGAGAGCGUCCACUAUAUUAAACAAACUUUCUCAAAAUUUUACUUUACCUUUUCCUUUUUUCAAAAGAUUGUUGCUAUCAGCUUUUACGAAAUGAAACCAAUUGCGAAUGAAACCUUAUUUUAAACCAUGUGUGAGGCGAAAUACACACACAAAAAACCGCGUUUUCCUGUGUCAAACUUACUUUUCUAGUUGAGAGAGCAGCAUAAAAUUGAAGAGUUUGGCGGUGGUCAAUGAUUAGGCCGCCAUGUUCCUGUCGUUGUGUUUGCGCGCAUUAACAAAUCUAAAUGCGAGGGUUAAAACGGACCUCUUCUUUUCUUCUUAUUGAUUAUUAGCGUUUGAUAGAAUUAAAUUAUCAACUUUCGGAAUAAAACCUAUCGUUUAACGAAAGAAUAUAUUUGCAUGCACCAGGUUGCGGAGGUUUCUUAAACAAGGCAAGUGACUCCUUCCAAUCCCCUGGCUAUCCAAACUCCUACCCUGCCAACACGACGUGCUCGUGGAUCAUAAAAGCCCCUACAGACCACAAGAUAAAUCUUGAUUUUAAAGACUUUAAACUGCAGGGCAGUUCUCGCUGCCGUCGUGACUCGUUAGAGAUUUAUGACGGAUCCAGUAUCCGGGCGUCAAAGCUCGGAAAGUACUGUGGCUCGAGAAAACCAGUGACGCUUACAUCAAGCGGUAAUCGCCUUUACAUCCGGUUUAGCAGUGAUGGUGCUGUUGGUAAAAGAGGAUUUAACGCAUCGUAUAAUACCACUUUAGGUAAGCCGCACUGAACAAGAUAAUCGCUUUAGGCGUCGGCACUUGCCAAGGGACUGUCUGAUCUUUCCGAUUUUGCCUCCACUACACAACCGAACACACACAAAACAAAAUACUUGGGGGCAUGGGCGCGUCGGUCAGCCAGGCCUAGAACAGAAUCCGUGAAAACUAAACUAAACAUAGCGAGUUGACGCGGCGAGGCCGACCGCAGAAUGACACGCAUAACUAAACGGUCACUAUACCACGUAACCGCGAUCCCUCGCGCGCUACACUAGAACCCAGCUCUCCAUUCCAUACCGGCAAAAUAGUAAUUUACACAAAUUACACAAUAUUUUGCCACUUGUCGAACAUGAUAUCUCCUCGACGCGGUAUUCUUGCGUAAAAGUGCAUAAUUUCCUUUGCCUGUUAUUGCAAGCUAUUAAGUCUAUACCUCUCGUCAUUUUCUUCUGGCAACUUGUCAGUAAUCUCCACUGACGCGGAAAUGUGGCUUGAAAUCCCGUUGAAGCUCUCACUUAAUUUUAAGGCUUCUUUAAAUUGCAUGCCUUACUUUUUUGUAAAUUACAUUACAUUUUGCCCUUUAAGUCCCAAUAGUGACAAAUAUUAAUUUUCUCCUGAAAAUAUCCAUACAAGGUCAAAGAGAUUAGGUUAUGAGCAUUAAUAAAAUGAUCACUUAAAAGAAAAUGCUUUGAUCUACUAUCAAGUUCUCUCAACUUAUUCUUCAAGGAAAUGUAUAGAGAUCAGUUUGAAGAACUUGUAUGUGGAUAGCGGGGCUUAAAGGGUUAACAUAAACGCUCUUGCGGCAUUAUAUCAUCCUGCUCUUAAACUGCAGUAAUUCUGUGGUCUUUUUAAAUCUUAAUAGUCCCCUUUCCCAGCCAAUCACUUGAUAGGUAGUGGAAAAAACGGUCGGAAGCGAGGGAAGGUGACUUCACCAGAAUCCCUCUGUUUUAAACUAAGAACGUAUGUUAUCCGCAUUUAACUACUUUGAAAGGCAAACAGUAGAACUGGACUUUUCUCCUUAGGCCCUAAAUCCCCACCCCCUCCUCGCUUUUCUUCUUAAUGCUCACUUCUCAUGGCGCCGUCCGCUCUUUCUGGACGUCUAAAACAGGCUACUAGCAAAGAGAACAAAACGCUCUACUGGGUGCUAGCGAGGCCUUUUGCGAAGGCGGGUUCUUCAUAGUCAUCUUGUUGUCACUCUUUUUGUGUUUAGGUUGCGGAGGAACAUACCAAGGAAGAGAUGGAACUAUCAGCUCUCCAAAGUAUCCAAGCUUCUACUCCUCCAAUGCCAACUGUCUGUUUAAAAUAAUAGUACCCACUGGGUUUAGAGUGAAGGUGACGUUUAAAGUUUUCAACCUCGAAAAAGGAGGUAUGUUUAUGAAAAGGUACAAAACGUAGGUUGGUAGGUAGGUAGGUAGAUAGGUAGGUAGGUAGGUAGGUAGGUGGGCAGGUAGAUAGAUAGGUAGGUAGAUAGGUAGGUAGGUAGGUAGGUAGGUGGGCAGGUAGGUAGGUAGGUAGGUAGGUAGGUAGGUAGAUAGGUAGAUAGGUAGGUAGGUAGGUAGGUAGGUAGAUAGGUAGGUAGGUAGAUAGGUAGGUAGGUAGGGUAGGUAGGUAGGUAGGAAGAUCGGAGUUUGGGUAGUUAAGAAAGUAAAUAUAGGUAGGUAGAUAAGUAGGUAGCUAGGUAGCAACGCCCACUUUUAGAAAGCAAGCUUCUAAAAUAGCUUUUUGUGACAGAUGCAAUUGUAACAACUUUGCUUUUUUUUUUCAGGAAGGAACUGCUAUGACUUUGUUGAAGCGCACGAUGGGCCUUUAAUCACUAACCAUUCUCUUGGACAGUUUUGUGGAAAACAUACACCCUUCAGUCUCCAUUCAACAAGCAACGUUAUGCUUUUGCGGUUUCAUUCUGAUUCGUCAGUGAACAAUAAGGGCUUCCAGCUUGCCUAUACAGCAGAUAGUGAGUAAUGACAACUAAGUUUUUCUAAGUCCAAAGUAGAAAACGUUCCCAGUGGUUCCCUAUGAUAAGCAGUGUACCUUAAAUUGCCAAGAGUGACCAACAUCAAUUUUCCUCUUACAAUAUCCAUAAAUUGUCAUGAGCAGAGGUCAUGAGAAUUUAUAAAAUGAUCCCCAAAGGGAAAAUGCUUCGAUCUAUUAUCAAAUUCUCUACACUUAUUCUUUAAGGAGAUAUAUGGAGUUCAGUCAGGAGAAUUUGUAUGUUGAUAUUGGGGCUUAAAGGUUGAGCGCAGACCCAAUGGGGAGGAAUUUCAACACGCCACAUAAAAAGGAGCAAGGAGUCCGAGAGAAAAUAGCAGCUAGCUUCCUGAUUUCUUGGCUACUCGGUACUUUAUUUGAUCCUUAGUUUCUACUUUGUAAAUUUAAUAAGGCCUCUAAGGGCAGUUUCACGUGACCUGAUUGUCUUUAAACAGACUAUCGUUAACUGCGCUGAAUUUCCUCGGGACCUGAAUCCGCGAAUCCCUUUUCUCUUGAUAAGUUAGAGUGGGUGUUAUUUUGCCGUGGUGUAGACAUAUUCCAGUGUCUGCUCAGUCCAGCAUAUUAAACCUCAUUUCGUGAUCGAACGGUUGGCAACACCAAGUCUAUUGGGCCAGUCUAUAGUAACCAAUAGUCUUAUGAAAUAAAGUUGAAGUUGAAGUUGAAGUUGAACACCAGGACACUGCCGUUUUGUUCUUUACGCUUGACUAUCGCCGCUGUUUCUGUCCUCCCCGAGAAUAGACUAGGGACCUUACCAUUCGACAACGGCGACGUCCACGAAAACUUCGCUGAAAAAUAGACUCCGCAUCCUUUAACUUUUUUCGCGAUUAUUCCAAGGGGCUCAGUUACUUAGAAGGGAAUUUGGAUUGGAGCUAAAGAGAAGGGACCGCGCCCAAGUUCUGACAGAGAUGGUAGAAUUUAUCGGCUUGCCGUUCCCGUUCCCAAGUAAACUUAAAAUUUGGUGAUUUCACGUCUUAGUUAUGCAGGGACUGCAAAGAAAUGUACAAAAAGCGUGAUGCACGGGCAAAGUUGUUAUUUUGCUCAUUAAACCUCUUGCUUUUUUGACGUUCCCGUUGCCGUCGCCGUCGUAGUUUCGUAAGGUGCCUACUGUCUGUUCGGGGGAGGUGUUCAGAACGGCAGCUGUCAAUCGAGCCUUCUUGCGAGAUGGUCACAACAACGAUUAAACCAGUUCAUCUGAUAUUUUAUAUGAUCAAGGUCUGGUAUCCACAACUACGGUUUCCCCAACGAAAAUACCUUCGUGUGGAUUUGAUCAAUUCCACUGCACAAACGGCAGAUGCAUCGAUAGAGUUAUGGUGUGCGACCGUAACGACGACUGUGGAGAUGGGGCAGACGAGAAAAACUGUUCCUGUCGCAGCGAUGAGUUGACAUGCGCCAAUGGGAAGUGCGUCAAUAACCUUUGGAAAUGUGAUGGUGAAGAUGACUGUGAAGAUGGGACGGACGAGCUGAAUUGCGAUGGCCCUCCUUCAGGUAGUAACAAAUAAAUAAUUAAAUAAACAACGACAACAAAAAAUACUGUAUUUAAGUGUCAGUUCGUUUAAGAGCGAACUGCUAAUUGCUGAAACUUUUACAUUCCCUACCGUAGGCCAGUCUGUUUACAGAGGUUUAUUAUUAUUAUUCAGUCAAAAUUUUUCUUCUAUUCUGAUUUGCUAGUACCCCGCCAUUAUUCUCCACAAACAGUAAGCGUUGACCAAAUUUCGAAGAUGUUUGCAGAUAUCAGUUAAAAGUGACUCACUUUAAAGAUAAUUGAUAGAAAAAGGUACAGCAGAAGCCGCUUUCACACAGCUGGGAAAAAAAGAUUGAUUUCAAACGUUAUGCGACCAGAAAUAACCGGAAGGUAAGGCAAGAAUGUUUUCUUAAGUUGGGGAUAUUUUGAAUGAACAAGACCCUCCUCAAACUGCGUAAUCCUUAAUAUUAUACUGCGCCUCGUCUUAUAAUUGCCAAAUAUUAACCCUUAAUCUUUUGCCUUUCAAUUUUUGUCCCAGUGACCUUGAACUGCUCUAUUGAUAACGGAGGAUGUGAUCACAAAUGUACCGAGCUCUACAUUGGUGACAGGAAAAACAUCCAGUGCUCGUGCCAGAGAGGUUACAAGCUACAGGCGGACGGUAAAAGCUGUAUUGGUGAGGAUUUAUUGAUUGUUAAUUUUACACAGGGGCUGAACAUACAUUGGCCAGGAGGUCCUGGCGGCACGGUAAUUAACCCUUUCAGAGUGAACAAUGGAGUUUUGUAAGGUGAUUUUAACUUUUGAGUCUUUGGGAAAAAUUCUAUGCUGUUACCACUGAAAUGAAACCUCUUUGGCCAAACGUAAGCUUAGUACUACAGUAUUCAGUUUGUUUUCAGCACUUCACAAAGUGAAAUUUGGGAAUUUUGUCGAAUUUUGACGUUGGCUUCUUUUAGGAGUGCAAGGGUUAAAGGUAGCGAAAAUCAACUUUCUGAUUACAUGACAACCGAACCAGGCCGGGUUAGGGAUCCCGAUAUCGUGAGCCGGUACUCCGGCUAACACGACUAUACCUCCAUUUUACUAGGCUCGCCUGGCCAGCCCGGCGAAUCAAACCAACAACUUGGCUCGUUCGGCUUAAAAGUCACCUCCAUAAAACAAGCCAGCCUGGCUCUUGUAAUCAGCAACAUAGUCUAAGUUCAUUCGUGUGAGGACAAAGACCUUUUUUUAGGUCACGUGGGCAUCGGCUUAACAAACAGGUUGGGCUGCUUUUCCGUGACGUCAUGACAAUUACAACUAUUCUGUAAAAGUACCAAUCAAAGAACAACAACAACAACAACAACAGCAAAAACGAAGGAAGGGAAACAGGGCUCGGUUGAAUAUGUCAAAUCCAAGGGUUCACGUAGUCAUGCAAGCAAGCUUUUCUACACGUUUGGUGCACUAGAAAAGAAUCACUUUGUCUCUUGUCUUUCUCUUGCAGACAUCGAUGAAUGCCAAACCAACAAUGGCGGCUGUCAACACCGCUGUAUAAAUACAAAUGGUAGUCACCAGUGUGCUUGUAAUAAAGGACAUUUUCUCAACGCUGACAAGGUCAAAUGUGAAGGUGCGCAAUGAUAACGGAAAAACUUUAAUUACAUUCUAUCAAAGAAGUCCCCCGGAAGGAUACCAUAUAAUUUCAAGGAGAUUUCUAACACUAGAAAGCUCAGGAAAAUUCCGAGCUCCCGGUGAGAAUCAAACUCAAGCACAACCCUCUGAGUUCUAGUUCAGAAGCUCUAACCACUGAACCACUGGGGACUCUAUGGCGAGCUGGGUCGAAAUUUAAAUGCAACUACACCAGUCAUGAGAGAGAUGAGGAUGCUCGCUUGAUAAUUACAAUUAAGAUCCUAAAGAAGACCAAUCUGGGCGUGGUUCAGGUUUUAUUUCACUACGUACCUAUAUGUUUUUGGCUAAAAAUAUUGGCUUUCCUUUGCGGACGCGCUAGAGGACGAACAUCCUGGUCGCCGGUCGUGAAUAAAGAGCUCAUGGGCUCUUACCUGACACUACAUUUGUUUGUAGUUGAUUGUUGCAACCUAUUUGUCGACGCUGUGAUUUGUGAUCCUGAAAUGAACAAAAUUUGCUCAUAUGUCUUGACCAAUCAGAAGUACAGCCAAAACCAAAGCUUGUUUAACACUGGCACUCAGAUGCACUUCACAGCUGUAGCUCCUUACACUGUUAUUAUUCUCUUUGUGAUUCACCCCACAGUAAUAACUAUUGCUUAGGUUUUACUGCAAUCAGUUCUCAUUCAUUUUGUGGCCUCUGAUGUGCUUCCUUUUCUCAGACAUAAACGAGUGUCAAAGCGGCAAUGGCGGAUGCAACCAUCACUGUAUCAAUACUGCUGGCAGCUUUUACUGCAAAUGUGAUCCUGGGUUUGAAUUUACAGGAAGUAACCGGAAGAAAUGUCGGGGUAAGAUACUUGAAGAAAAAAUAACGUGCGAUAAAUGGUCUGUAAAGGAAUGUUGUGACUUAAGAGGGACCUGCCAACCGAAUUUCAAAAGUACAGCUUGUUUUCUUUUCUUAUGACCAUAGAAAAUGCUGUAUAGAUAGUUUGAUUGAUGGAUAAGCUUCAAAGACUGAGUGAAAAUCGUUCAUAUCUCUAACCCCUUUACGCUAUUCAUCCAUCUAGUACUUACAUCUAAAUUACACAAUUGUAAAUUGUAAAUAUCUCCCAUAAGGGCUUUUCAGGGAUAAUUUACAAUAUUGUUUGGGGACAUCGGCCAGACUGCUUAUGGUAUAGUUUACAAUAAUAUUAAUGAAUUAAAGAUUUAUGAAUGCCCCCUAAUGUGAGAGUGUAUUUUUCAUAGACCACCACACUGGGGACUAUGUGCCCUACUCUUUAACGUCCCGCACAGAAUUCAUUAUUUUUGCUACGCUGUGGUUGUAAAACGGGGCCUACGGUUUAUCGCCUUUAUCCGAGAAUACUAGGAAGUCAAACCGUUUACCGACGUCCGUCAAGGCAGCACUUUCCCCUCAGUUAUUUAAGGACCAUUGGGUGUUGGUCCCACCAGGGUUUAAACCAACGGCCUCACUUUCCGCGAUGGCUUCAUUUAACUUUGAACUCUAGUUGCUAUGUUUCCCUCCAAAUUUAGAUAUAAAUGAAUGUGACAACAAUAAUGGUGGAUGCGCUGAUACAUGUGUCAAUACUGCUGGAAGUUUUUUCUGCCAGUGCCCAGUUGGUUACAGGUUGCAAAACGAUAGUAAGACAUGUGAAGGUAGGUUAAAACUUCUUUUAUUAGCAAAAUUUAGCUAACUCUCAGGCAUACAGAGCGAAAGGGAGGGAGUCACCCCCCAAGAAGGUUUUGCAGGUUUUUCUCCGACAAAAAACUUAACAACUUAAGACGGAAUCCACCAGGAAACUGAGCAAUUUUAACUUUCAGUGGACAAAAAACUUGUACCGGAAUAUUUAAAGAAUAUUGCGUCCUUUUUUGCACUUUUCAAGGGCUAAAGAUGUAAUUAGUUGUCUGUAACUGAAAUAACACCAAAGAAAAUUUCUCAAGGGAGUCCGAGAAAAUGAAUGUCAAAUUUCACGAGAAUUGUGAAAACACAAGUAAAAUUCGGAAAAUUUCAUGUGUAAGAUGUAAUUUUGUGAAAUUUGACAUUUAUUUUAUCGGGUUCCCAUAAGAAAUUUUCCUUGGUGUUAUUACAGAUGAAUAAUUACAUCUUUAGCCCUUGAAAAAUGUAAAAAAAGAAUGCAAUAUGCUUUGAAUUAUUCUGGUACAAGAUUUUUGUCCACUAAAAACUAAAAUUACUCUAUUUCCUGGUGGAUUCCGUCUUAAUCUCCUCCCCAGUGGGUGAGAAGGAGAUUAAGAGGGUGAUGGUGGUGGAACGAGAGGGGAUGGGGAGCAGGCUUCCAGAUUGCUUGUCCAGCCUUCUGCCUUCUUGCCAGUGGGUCGGGUUGUUCGAAGCUGGGUUAAGAUAACCUAGGGUUAGUGCGAAAUUUGAACUCAGAUAUGAUAGCUUAAAAAACAAAUCCAGUUUAAUUCUCUGUGCCUACAAUUUGAUGAUUGGAUACUCUAAAAGAAUAGAGAAAAUUAUCCGAGAGAGUGCUUUUGAUGAAAAGAAAAAGAAGCCCGGGUUAAAAUUUAACCCUAGGUUAGCGCUA